AAUACCAGCGAUAACAUAAAUGGCAUAGAGCGCUGUCGUGACAGCUGUUGAUCUGAUCACACGACAAGGGGUACGUUGGACUCAUCUUUCGGGCGCAGUGAGCGCACUGCGCUAAUCGCAACACCCGCGUCGUGGAAUAAUGUCAGAAUCAUCGGGAAGGUCAAAACAGUCAUGUUUGGCGUGUUGUGAGAACUACUUGGAUACUGUCCGUGUUGGGGUGGUUCGGAAAAAAGCACUGAGUGCGGAUGUUGAGGGUUUGCUCAAAACCAGCUUACGACGAUGUCUCAAAGCGACCGAUCUUGUCGCCUAUGGGCUGGCCUCCAUGUUGGGCGGAAGUAUCUAUGUACUAACUGGUGCCGUAAUGCAGAAAAAAACUGGUCCAUCGGUGUUCCUGGCCUAUUUGGUGGCUGGAACCGUUGCCCUGUUGAAUUCUUUAGUCUACUCGGAACUGGCCUGUCGGAUACCCAAGGCUGGAUCCUCUUACUCAUAUGCAUACAUUAUGCUCGGUGAAUUCAUUGCCUUUCUAACCGGAUGGUCUAUCUUGUUGGAAUAUAUCUUGGGUACCGCUACCGUGGCUCGCGGUUGGAGCAGUAUGUUGGACGGUCUUACUGGUGGCAAAAUCAGUGACUGGAUCAUACGGAAUGUGGGACGAAUGGGCAAUCCUGGAGACGUCCUAGCGGAGUACCCGGACUUUAUUGGUGCUGGCCUGAUCAUCAUCUUUAGCGCAAUCGCAUGUUGCGGGGUUCGUGGCGGCGCGCGUCUGACAGCUUUCUUUGUUGUCGUUUAUAUUGGAGUGCUUUCAGUUACUUCCAUCUACAUGUUCGUCUACGCGAAUGGCAGCUUCAUAUCUCCUGCCGUACCGUCCACAGUUCAAGAAACAGAUCCAAACUCACCCAACGUGAAUUUUCUACCAUUCGGUGUCGGUGGAUUGGUGGGUGGAGUGGCAAUCUGUUUCAACGCUUUUAUUGGAUUUGACGCAAUAUCCGCAUGUGCCGAAGAAACAAAAAAACCUUGCCGCGACCUUCCAAGAGCCAAUGUGCUUGCGGUGACGACUGUGACUCUCCUGACCUCCGUGGCGUCCCUGGCUUUGGUUCUCUACUACCCGUGGUUUCUGGUUAGUCCGGAAACUCCGUUUCUAAGUGGACUUCGCGACAAUCUGGAUGGUGGGCCUGUCGAAGCCCGAACCGGCAUGUUCUAUUUUGUCGGUAUCGGGUGUCUGAUUGGUCUGACCUCUAGUUUAUUAUCGAGUUUGGUAGCGGGUCCUCGGGGUGCGUACGCCAUGGCUGAAGACGGACUCCUACCCACCUUCUUUGCAAAAGUGUGCCAUCCAUUCAAGACCCCGAUCAUUGCCACAAUUUUUGUUGCCACGUUGACGAUCAUUCUAGACAUACUGUUCAGUAUCGUCAGUCUUGCGGACUUUCUUAGUCUUGGCACGCUUAUCGCCUACUCCAUGGCCUCAGUCGGGCUGCUCGUGUUGCGUUACGCUACACCACCGGAGGAGCGUGAUGUUACGAAAAUCGUUUCGGAACUUCCUGAUUGCAAAGAGGUUAAACAAAAUAACAGUUCGGCACAGCUGGUAAACACGGUCGACCCACUGAUUAUGCGAACAGGACAACCUGGCUAUUUGAAAUGCUCGUGGGCCAAAUGCCUUCCUGUCAGUGUGGUACGCAUACUGAAUCAGGGUCACCGUGGCAUGGUUGUGAAGAUCCUCAUCCCCAUCUACAUUGCCUUCAAUGCAACUGCCGUUGGUUUGAUAAAGACUGGUGCACCCGAAAGCGUUUGGCCCAUUUGGCGUCUAGUGCUUGUACCAAUCAUGCUAUUGUUGAUGGCACUGUGCAUCGUUUUCAUGGCGGCUUUUGUUCAACAUCCGGCCCCUCGCCAGGAGCUGUUUCGUUUACCACUUGUACCCUUCUUCCCCUGCGCGACACUCACAGUCAACAUGUUUCUUAUCGCUGAGCUGUCAGCCAUAACUUGGAUUCGGUUUGCUGUUUGGAUAGCAGUUGGCCUACUCAUCUACUUCUUCUAUGGAGUCUACUACAGUCGUGAGGCUGUGGCAAAUCGCAAGCGAUUGGCUGAUGAAGAACUAGCCCACCAAGAAGGUGUUAACAAGAUCCCUGCUGCCAUGAAUGCCAAGAGUUGAUAGGUUUAUGUGCAAACAUUUACCCAGAUUUCCCUCAAAAACAAAAUGACGUCUUUCUUCACACAUUUUAACCACACAAAUCUGACCCAUAUCGAAGGAGCCUUUCCAUUCGUAAACUAAUUUUUUUUUACUUCAUUUGUCCAUGUUGUAUUGUUCCAGCACACCGGACGAUGGCACGAAAACAGUAACGUCUUACAUCACUGUCCAAUUCGAAUAGUUGAAGACAGAGAUGAGCUUUUCAUGUGUG